AUGGAGAAGGAGUAUGACGAGAAGAAGUAUAUAGAGCUCGAUUUGGAUAAAUUUUUCAGAGAAAACGACGAGUUCAACAUGCUAAAAACGCUCCAAGAAAUGUACGUCUCCUCAUACAAGCUGGAGCUCGAAAUCAAGCCUAUGGUCACCAACGAAAUCGACUCAGUCCUCCUGUGUGUUGACACAAUUCUUAAAAUGUGCAAUCUCAUCAAAGAUUCCAAAAAUAAUAUUAAUCUUAUAGUUAAUAUGUUAAAUAAUUUCAAUUAUGAUGAAACCUUCAAGGAGUCGCUGGAUAAAUAUAACAAUUUCAAUGCAAAGGACAAUAAUUCAUACGAAAAUACUAUAAAUAAUAUAAACAAUUGGAUGAAUGAGUAUCAUAAUUUAAAAUUAGAAUCUAGUGACUUGGUUCUCAAUAAGGGAAUGAUAAAUAUAAAUUCUAAUGUAAAUAGUGUAAUCGUGGAUCAUUUACAUUCUUUGUCAAUGAAAAACUAUAAAUUUCUGAAGGAUAAUGAGCUUCUAAAGUCAUAUGAAUUGCUUUUAGUCAAGAUACCUUUUUUAACAAAAUUAGUUACCAAUUUUGACAACGGAGAAUCAAAUAAUUUAAACAAAAGUGUUUCAAAAUAUAAAGAAAUAAUUGAGGAUUCAAUUACUUUGUGUGAAUUUUAUAAAAAAAAGCUAAAAUCACACUGUUUCAGUAAUUUGAGAAGUAAUUCAGUGGGAACAGUGAUGCACUCGGUGAGUGUGUUGUUAUUGCUUGAUGGCAAAGGCUUGGAAAAUUUAAGGUGUAUAAUGAAUAAGAGGUUGGAGCUCUUUAAAAUCACAACUAACUCAUUGAGUAUUGGGUUGGAAUCCUCUCUAAUUUUACUCUUCUCACACAUUCUUCUCAAUCACAUCGUAUUCCACGUCUUAAACUCAUUUAAUAAAGAUUUGAAAGUGGACGAUUUUACCAAAAUGUAUGAAAUUAUGUUACUGGACCAUUUCGCAGGACAUGAGUUAACUGGACUUUUACACCUUAAAAACAAGAUUUCAGAAGAAAUUGACAAAUUUGAGUUUGAUUUCCCUUAUUUAUCGCAGAAUAGUCUUGAAAAUGGGAAAAAAACACUUUUUUCGCUGUUGGAAAGUGGGUUCCAGAAGAGCUGUACCCAGAAAAUAACCACCAUAAUAUCCUCGAUAAAUGUUUCGGUUGAUCAUUAUAUGGAGAUUGAGUCUGAAUUGAGUAAUUUUUCUGAAUACUUCGAUUCCGAACAUUUUACCAAGCACUCAACUUGUGAUGAGGAUAGGGUUAAGGAAUUGGCUUUAUUCAGUGACUCUUCUUCAGACCUGAGCAAAUUUAUAGACGAGAAAGUUGAUUCAAUUGUAGAUAAAAUAAGGACUCAAGUACUGCGUAAAGAGUUCAAAGGAGUAGAAUUAGACUCUUUAUCAUUAUACUCAAUACAAGGAUAUAAUAAGAAGUUCAUAAAUUGGAUGAAGGAAAUCGGGUUAUUGGAUUCGAUUCUGCUCCUGAGUAAAUUGAAUAGCACCGAAAAUAUGGAUAAAUUGUGUAAGGAAAUUGCAGAAUAUUAUCUUAAUCCCCUAUUAUCGACUGUUGUUAAGACAAUAAACACAAUGCUUGACCAACAAUCUCAAGAAUAUAAUGUAAUAGAUAAAGGAGGACUAUAUAUGGUACUAUUAAUGUUUGGAAUCGCAAAUUUGAGGAGUUAUAUAAACGAGAAGAACAAAUAUGUAGAGUGCAAAUUUACGAGAAUGUUCGAGGAAUCCGGGCUGAAUAUGGCAAUAAAUUAUUAUUUACAAUUUAAAGAAUCGAAUACACUACCAGAUCUCAUAAAAGCAGACGCUUCAAUCCUGUGUAUGAUCUGUGAAGAGAAAAAAAACAAAGGAAUUUUUAUGGAAAAGACUAGUUAUAAUGAUAUUAAAUUGUUGGUUGGAAGUGUGUAUGAAUUUGAAGAAGAGUAUUCACAGUUCAGAUGUUUACUGUUGUAA